CAGCCGGUGUUGCCGCCUAGAAGACUGGGAAACGUUCCCUAAAAUGGCGGACAGCGAGGACGCAGGCGCGGGGCGGGGCGGGGUGGGGCGUCCGCCCACGGCGGCCGUCGGCGGCGGGGCGGGGCAGCGGCGCUGACAGUCCCCAUGGCGGCUGCGCCGGAGCCCGGGGAACCCGGGAAAGGGAAGCCCUUUAAACUCCUAGGAAUUUUAGAUGUUGAAAACAUUCCCUGUGCACGGGAUUCGAUAUUAUAUGGUUCAUUAGGAUCUGUUGUGGCUGGCCUUGGACAUUUUUUGUUAACUAGCAGAAUUAGAAGAUCAUGUGACGUUGGAGUAGGAGGAUUUAUCGUGGUGACUUUAGGAUGCUGGUUCCACUGUAGGUAUAAUUAUGCUAAGCUAAGAAUCCAGGAAAGACUUGCCAGAGAAGGAAUUAAAAACAAGAUUUUAUACGAAAGUACCCACCUUGAUCCUGCAAGAAAACAAACCAAUGGCGGCGGCAGCAGCAACUGAGCAGUCUUGAGCAUAGAAAACCCAGAUACAAUUCACUUCAUUGUGAACAAAGCUGAGAUGAACUACAGAAACAUUUUAUGUACCAUAAGACAGAUCUCAAUCAAGUAAAUAAAGUAUGUGUAAGCUGUAGUCUUUUUUACAUGUCUGAGUAUUUACAAACUUAUUCGGGCCCUGUAUCUGCUGUCAAUACAGCAUGAUGGACUCACUCCAAAUAAUCCUUGUGUUUAACUUGCUUAGAAAAGUGUUUCCUUAUAGUAAGCAGUGAGUACACCUGAUGUCUCAAGAAAUAAAAUCUCAGUUGGAUGUUAAAACUUGCCUUAAAAACAAAAGUCACAACUCUAUUACUGUACCCUGUUAAAAAUGAAGGGAUACUUUCUGGUCUCUAAAGUCAGUGAUGUUCUAUCAGACUUAAAACUAAUGGAUCAUUGCUUUCCAAUUGUUACUUUUAAAAUGUACCCACUGCUUGACUGUAUUCUCCCAUUUUAACAGGUGAGUUCUCUCUCAGAAAGGAAACGUGAUUUUUAGCUGCUCUAAAUAGGUCUUGGAAGUAUGCAGGGUUUUUAUUUUUAAGUAGAAUUUAAACUUGCACAUGGCAUGCAUAAAAAUAUCUUCUGAAACUUGUGUGGUGCAAAGGAAAAAGAAUUGCAAAAUUACACACAUGUUGUUCCAUUAUGUAAAGACAUUCAUAAUAAUAAAUUGGCUGCCAUUAAAAAAAAGCACCCAACACCCAA